GUUCAAGAGUUGGUGUGCAGCAGAGCUGCUGGCUAAGCUAAAGUGACAGCCACCUCACCACCUCGAGAGAAAAAAAACACCUGUCAAAAGUGUCGAAAAAGGAGAAUAAAAGUACAAGGUUUCCUCAGAAACUGGCGCUGACUGCGACAGGAUAUAUUUUUAUGGUGUGCUUUUGGGACAAAAGUCAUGUUUCAGUUGUCUUUUUAACCGUUAAAUGGGAUAUUUCCUCCGUGUUUUCAGUGGAUGGAGUCAGAUGGUCAAACCCAACAGAGCCUCGACUCGCUCUUCAGGUCGUGUGAUGCUGAUAAUUCGGGACGGAUUGAAAAGGGUGAGUUUUUCAGACUCUGUUCAGAGCUACACGUCCGCUCAGAGGACGCCGACGCGAUUUUCAGCAAACUGGACACAGACGAGGACGGCGCGAUAAACCUGGAUGAAUUCGUUAAGGGCUUCCAGGCGGCGGCGAGCUUCAUGAGGCAAGAAGAACAAAUGGGGGAGCGAGGCAAGGGCGCAGAAGCCUUCUCUCUGGCCUGGGAGGACUUCAGAUCCAGGCUCGGGGAGCAGGAGAAGUACAUUCCCCGUAUUGACCAGGUGUCGACUCUGUACCAGAACAUCAGUCUGACUGAGGCCAGGAUCAUUCCUCAGUAUGAGAGAGUUGUACUCAACUUCAUCAGAGAGAUUAAGCUGCAGAACACAGAGAUGGAGCACCUGGCACUGGCUGUAAAAAGGGCUCAGGACCAGGCUGCCAUUCAGCUGAGCGAGAUGGAAGAGGAGAUGGACCAACGCAUACACACGACAGAGAGAAACACACGCAUGCAGGAGUCUAAGAAGGCAGAGGCAGCACUGAGCAAUAUGAAACAUCACUAUGAAACUCAGCUGGCGGAGUUGCAGCAAAAGAUUCGCAUCUUGCAGAUGAGUGAAGACCAGAACAAGUACACCAGUCUCAAAGAGGAGAAUGAAAUGCUGAAGCGAAAGAAUAAUGAGCUCACACUGCAAAACCAAAAGCUGAAGCAGGAGCUGCUGGAGUCUCACACCAACAUAGCAUUUCUGCAGAGUGAGCUAGACUCUAUUAAGAGUGAUCUCACUGACCAGAGCAUCAAUUUUGAACGAGACGAAGCCCUCAUGAGGUGUUUUGCAGAGGAGAGGGACAACCUGGAGAGACAGAUUGAAAUGUUACAGUCAGCAAACAGGAAGCUUCAUGACAGCAAUGAUGGUUUACGCACAGCUCUAGAGAACAGCCAGACCAAAAACAAGGGGCAGCGAUUAUCUCCUGGAAGUACUUUGGCUAGGAGAAAGAGCUUGUGUGCUCCAUAUUUUGAAAAGUGCUGUAAUGUGUGUGGGGAUGACGACUACGAUCAGCUGCAGCUAAUGGAGUGUCUGCGCAUGCAAAGCAGUGACUCUUUGGCCCUGGCGCUGUGUGACCCCAUGCGCAUACUCAGCUGUGAGGUGGACAGUCUGCCUGAGAGCUGUGUGGACAGCGGCAUGUCCACUCUUCGCUCCAACAACGGCUACGACUCGGAGCACGAGAGCACAUACAAAAGCCCUGCUCGCCCAGUGGAUGCAGCCACCGCCUUGUCCGGAGACACGUCAGACACAGAGGUGCAAGAAGUACGGGAAGAGACGGUGUGUGGAUCAGACAGUGAGUCAGUUCAGAGUUGGACUCUAGUAAAGCCAGACAUCCCUGUGUCAGGAAAGAAAUGCCUUUCAGCCAUCUUCACUGAGAGAGAAAAAGAUGAGUUAGUGGAGAAGCCACAGGCGUCUGAUAAGACGUACAAGAUCGUGUUAGCAGGUGAUGCUGCCGUGGGCAAGUCCAGCUUCCUUCUGCGACUGUGCAAGAACGAGUUCAAGGGCACCACCAGCGCCACUCUCGGAGUUGAUUUUCAAAUGAAGACUCUUGUCGUGGAUGGAGUGCCAACAGUAUUACAGCUUUGGGAUACGGCAGGCCAGGAGAGGUUCAGAAGCAUUGCUAAAUCCUACUUCAGACGAGCUGAUGGGGUACUCCUGCUUUACGAUGUCACCUGUGAGAAGAGCUUUCUGAAUGUGCGCGAAUGGGUCGACAUCAUAGAGGAUGUUUCCCAGGAUGAUGUCCCCAUUAUGCUGGUGGGGAAUAAGACAGAUCUGCGGCAGCAGGCUCUUCAGGAUGGCAUUACCUGCAUCCCAACCAGCUACGGAGAGAAGUUAGCCAUGACCUACAGUUCGCUCUUCUGUGAGACAAGCGCAAAGGAUGGCUCAAACAUCGUUGAGGCUGUCCUCCAUUUAGCGAGAGAGGUGAACAAGCAUGCACACGAACACAAGGAACCAGCAUCAGUGGCCAAACUCUCUGGAAGUCACACCAAAAAGAUUUCCAGCCUAAACUGCUGUAUGGUGUAAUGUUUGUGCUCUUCAUCCAAAAAGACAGAAUGUAACCAGCGAGGCUCCUGCUGGUCUUGCUGAGCUUAUGGCAAAAGCAAAAUCAAAUAUGUGGUUGCUGAAUUGGCUGUUUGCAUUCGUUUUCUUCUGUUCCCUGUGUUUUCACUAGAGCCUGACUGGUAUAUAAAUAUAGAUUUUAACAAGCUAAAGGUUCUGAUAACUGACGAUUAUCAGUUUUAGAGUUAAACACUGCUUUACUGAUAUGAUUAUCAGUAGUCAACUGUGAAUUGUCUAUUGUCACAUUUCCUAAACCUAAACAGUAGAAAGUAAUAUUAAGUAAUAUGAAUAAUGUAGCGGUUACCAGUCAAUCUGCUGUCAGUCGACCUUAACAGCCAAACAAUAUAUCUGUUGGGUCUUGGUUCAGUUUUGUGUCCUAGCCCAAUAUUACAGUGCUGGAGUCUUGGGCUGUGUUGAGGCCUUAACACGUUUCUAUGCAUGUUUGAAUCGUCUACCUCCGCACAGCUUUGUGAUGCUCUGACUCAACAUAUUAACCUGAACUGGCUCCCUGUUUGACACAGUGCACCCUGCCAAGCGUGUUCAGUCUGUUCCCUCUCACUGUAAGCAGUGCGCUGUAUGGAGAGUAGGAGAGUGUUCUGCCUCAGUGGAAUAACAGUGGAGUCUUCGCUGAUGGUUCAGUCAGACAGGUAUACUAAGUAAAGACGCUUUAUGCUUUAAUUUUUUAUUAGGUUUUUUGUCGAGUGACGAGGGCCCUCCAGCAGAGUCGCUGGGGGUAAUUAUAAUGCAUUAUUACAGUCUAACUGAGCUACACUGUAUUUAAGUAUGAUAAUUAACUGUGACAGCAUUAUAUAAGAUGCUUGCUUGGAAUGUAUGUUCAGCAUUUUUAUUCUUUAUCCUUAUAUCCCAACUGAAAUUGUUCUGUAUUGUACAUACAGUCAGAGAUCAUCCUUUGUUUAUUGAUUUAUUUGAUUUCCAGUCAUAAUGGCCAUUAAGUGCAAGUUAAUAAUUUCACAGAGGCCUCAACAACUAAAUACAAUAACCAAAACUUUGUGUGUCCAUCUUUCCAUUCUUUUCAAGAGACUUGCUAACAGUUUUUCAAAGAAAACUGCAGGGAUAUUUUUCCACACCUUUAAAGUUCAGUCUUAGAAGUUGGUUGCAUUUUCUGCUUCUCACAAUCCGAAUGAUCCCAACAACAAAUUUAGAUUCAUCAGUCUAUAAAACCUCACUCCACAGUUGAAGGACAGACAGAAUCGCCUGUGGAUGUUUUCAGAUCUGAAGCAAGAGUGUAAUUCUCUGUUAAAUAUAUCGUUGCUGUCCAAAGAAAAAGAAGUAUCUCCAAAAUGGUAACUUUAAAGGACAGGGCAAAA